AUGGAGCAACAAGUGGAGGUCAAGCCAAUAAAAUCAGCAGUCGCAAAGAAGGUCCUUGGUGUAUAUGAUUGGUCCGGAAACCGUCCAGUGAUCCCUGAACUUUGGUUGGUCCCACGGUUUCUCCCAAUUCGUCCAGGACGAUUCUGGUGCUACACAAGGAUUACUUACGUGUCAAUAGCUUUUCUAUAUGCUAAGAGAGUUGUUGGUCCAGUUACACCAACCAUCUUAGCAUUGAGGAACGAACUCUACAGUUCCCCUUAUGGUGAGAUUGAUUGGGAUAAGGCUCGUAAUUCUUGUGCCAAGGAAGACAUGCGCUACCGUCCCUCAGCAGUGUACAAAGCUAUUUCAAAUUGUUUGCACACAUUUGUGGAGCCAGUCUUGAACAGUUGGCCGAUGAGCAAGCUAGGAGAGAGAGCUUUGAAUCACAUAUUACAACAAAUCCAUUAUGAAGACGAAACUACUCAAUACAUUGGCUUAUGUCCUGUUACAAAGGCACUGAACAUGAUUUGUUGUUGGGUGGAAAAUCCAAAUUCAGAUGUACUCAAACGGCAUCUUCCAAGGAUACAUGAUUAUUUGUGGAUUGCUGAAGAUGGCAUGAAGACCAAAAUUAUUGAUGGUACCCAGAACUGGGAGAUAGCACUCAUAGUUCAGGCCUUCUUAUCAACAGACAUUAUAGAUGAAUGUGGGCCAACAAUUGUUAAGGCCCUCAGAUAUAUUAAGAAAGCACAAGUUAUUCAAAAUCCUCCUGGCAACCCAAAGUAUUGGUUUCGGCAUAGAUCAAAAGGUUCAUGGACACUUUCAACUGUAGAUAAUGGCUGGGCUUCAAGUGACAGUUCUGCUGAAGUAAUUAAGGCUGUAUUGUUGCUAUCAAAGCUGUCUCCUAACUUAGUUGGGAACGCAACAGACGAAUGGAUAUGCGAUGCUAUUGAUUGCCUUCUUACCUUCAGGAAUAAAGACGGUUCAAUAUUCUCUUCAUUUGAGUGCCAAACAACUUAUUCCUGGCUAGAGAUUUUGAAUCCAUUGGAGAGUUUCCGGAAUCUUGUCGUUGAUUACCCGACAGUUGAAUGUACUUCGUCAAUAAUGCAGGCUCUGAUAAUGUUUGGGGAGAGUUAUCCAGGGUACCGCAGUGAACAGAUAAGAGAAUAUGUCAAUAAAGCUACCACAUAUAUUGAGAAUAAUCAAAAGAACGACGGAUCCUGGUAUGGAACAUGGGGCAUAUGUUUUAUCUACGGGACCCUUUUUGUACUAAAAGGCUUAGUUGCUGCUGGGAGAACUUACGAGAACAGUGUUUGCAUCAGGAAAGCAUGCAACUUUCUGCUGUCAACACAGCUGAAAACAGGGGGCUGGGGGGAAAGCUAUCUUUCUUGUGAACAUGAGGUCUAUGUAGAGGGUAAUCAUACCCAUGCUGUGAGCACCGCUUCGGCAAUGCUAGGAUUGAUUUCAUCUGGUCAGAUGGAACGUGAUCAAACACCAUUACAUCGUGACGCGAAAGUAUUAAUCAAUAUGCAGUUGGAGACAGGCGAUUAUCCUCAGCAAGAACAUGUGGGAAACACCAAUUCUUCUGUUUACUUCAACUAUCCCAACUACCGCAACUUGUUUCCUAUUUGGGCUCUCGGAGAGUAUCGCCGGGGGCUGCGUGCAAAGAAGAAUUGA